AUGGCUCCCACCAAGGAGGACGACGAUCCCGUCACGGCCGAAUAUGACGUCUACAUCACGCCUGCCAUCGCCGACCAGAUCCUACUGCUGCAAUAUCCCAAUCGUCCUCGAAAUCGUCCAUAUUCGGCAAACUACGGCGCAGUGCCCACGGACAUGCGCAUCAAGCCGCACUCGGGCUACAUGGAGGUCGACGUCGCGCUCAACACGCAGCAGAACUUCAACAAAUACAUGGGACUGAAGUGGGGCGAUGCCACACGCGCCAGCCAUGAGCUGCACAACGCGACGGGCACGUUUGGUCCUGCUGCGGGUCUGGCCGGCGCAAAACCUCGAUCAAUGGCGCGCGGGACCAAUCUCAAGGACAAGAGUGAUCGCGAGCUGGACUUUGAGAAUGAUCUCACUCAUUUCCCAGACGCCGAGCGCGAGAACAAGGUGCAUGCCGUACAGACUCUGGGAGGGCAAAUCUUGCGCCACGAUGGACCUACAGAAGAAGGGAAGCCAUUCUACUUUGUUGGCGCUUUCAAGGAUGAUCAGCUGCAUCUAACCCGUGUUGCCGGCACCGUGCAGAUGCGUCCGCACUUCCACCAUCUCGAUGCGGAAGAACAGCGUGCUCGCAUCACCGCAUCUCGCGCUCAGCAAGACGCCGCCGGUCCGGAGCCCGAGGGCAUCGCACGCACCGUGCGACAAAAGGUGUUGCAAACCGAGGACAAGAACACCGUUGAAUGGAAGCUGAAGGAGUCGCUGCGGAAGGCCAAGGAAGAGAAGUGGAUCGAAAUGGACUACGUUGAUGAAGACGAAAGUCAAGCCUUCGACGCAUUUGAAACCCGGUUGAAAAUCCAGGACGUCUCGGCAGUACCGCACUUGAAGAGCGAAAUGGACAACGACGCCUUCCUGGACGCAGUCGGAUCAAGCCGACAUGAAAGUCCCACAAGGAGACGAAAACGGCAGCCGAAGCGACGAGACACCAUCGAUUUGGACGAGGAGGACGCUGAGGCCGAGGCUGCCGAGGCCAUCGCGGAACGAGACUGA